AUUCAUAUCAGUUUCUCUCUAACUGGUACUUGUACAGCCUCAAUGGCUUCCUCAACUGGUGCCACAUCCUUAGAGCAACGGCGCUGGAUAGUGGUGGGCAUUGCCCUUCAAAAUGUUCUCACCCCAUGUCUCAGGGUUAAGAUUCAGAACGAAAUGAAGCCACUUUACCAGCGUCUGGUAGCAACUGUUGGAAUAGACAAACAGACCUAUCCAACUCACCAAAAGACCAUUCCUCCGAGCACGCUGAAGUUGAACUACGAAAGUAUCAACAAUAACGCCGCCCUGCAUAAGAAGCCGCGUCACUAUGACUACCGUGUAAAGGAUGAGGUUUCUCUGGCAAAAUUGUUUAUGAAACCUUUCAUGGCGCAUUUCAAUGCAUUUGAUACAUCCUUUGACGCUUCUGCAGCUCUUGCCGUUCUUUGUGGCGCAACACCAUUCGCUUUGGUGCGACCAUUUGCUAAAGACGUACGUUCAAAGGUGCGCAAUGAGUGGGCUCAUUGUAACUUCUCCAUUUGGACAGAUGUCCAAUACAAUGAUUGCUUCGAUCUCAUGGAGACCCUGGUCAAAAACCUUACCCUGCCUCCAGCUGAUGAACUGAGUAUCAUGAACGAGCUCCAGCUAUGGAGAAAAGGAGGUAUGAUUACAGCAAACAACUAAGCCACUUUUUAUUAUCCUUGCGAUUCAAGAAAAUUUAAUUUAUCGUUUUUUUUUAUACAGGUUCCAGUUAUUAGGUUCGAGAAUAGGUGCAACUGUAAAUCCUUAUGGAAACGAGAAAAAUAUUUAAUAGGCCCACAACUAGUGCUGCACUUAGACCUCAUUCAAAUCCGCAUUGAUGCUUACUUUAUCCCAGUGAUUCGAAUGAGUGCUCAUUUACGUGUUUACCACUCUUUUCAGUCAAAACUAUUUCUACAACUAAAGGUUAAAGUUUUCCAAUUUUUACCCCCAACGGUUUACCCUAUUCAGACCCUCGUUUAAUGUUGGGUUAGAGGAGGGAUAGGUGAUCGGUUUCUUAGAUACUGGCAUUGAUCCCUUCCACUUGGUUUUUGUCAACUUUGUACAGGACUAGACAUAUGCCUUGGUAAACCACUUGACGACACUCUUCUUCGUUUUAUCCACAAUGAUGUCCAAAAACUUAUCGACUCGUUACAUCACAACGAAAAAGAACAGGAUAAAAACAUGAAAAGCGUCUGUUCUACUCUUGCCCUGAUUAAGUCCGAGUUUGAAAGAACUAUUUUUAGCCUCGAAGAGAAACAAUCAAACCUGCAAAGCGUUUGUGAAGAUAUGAAGAAAAACCAAGAUAUGAUUACAAGACAAAUGGAAAAGAAGAACGAGGAACAAAUGAAUCUUUUGAAAAGCUCUGAGACUAACUGGAAGAUGCGGCAAGAACAAUUGGAGCUCCGCUGUAACUCUCUAGAAGUUUUAUGGAUCGGCCAUGCAGAGAGAUCUGGCUAUACUGAAGGAAAAACUUGAACGUUUAUCCUUUUCAGAGGAAUCUAAGGAGAUUGUAUUUGACGCGCCAGAACAAAGCAAAUGGUUUACAGGACGAGAAAAGGAACUAUCUAUUCUGGAGAAGUGCUUACAAUUCGAAAAAAGCGGUGGGUUAAACAUGGCAGCCAUUUGUGGUCUUGGAGGAUGCGGGAAGACCACGUUAGCAUCUCACUUUGCAUGGAAACGUAAAGCGGAAUACGAAGGAGGCGUGUUUUGGAUCUCCAUGGAAGAUGACCGUAGGUUUGAAAACUCUCUGAACGACCUGGCUUUGCGUUUGGGAGUGCUCGCGGAUUCAUUUGACCUCACGUUGUCAAAAGUGCUCAAUUACCUUUCGAAAAGCAAAAAGGCGUGGUUGAUGGUUCUUGACGAUGUAGACCAGCUUAACCUCUCCGACCAAAUGCGAAAAUUUUGUUGUGGAGGAUGGAGAAGGCAAGCUAUUGGUCAUCUCUUGCUCACAACGAGACGAGAAUCGAGAGAAGUGUAUGAUUCCUUUGAUGUAAAUCCCUCCAAUUGUGUGGAGUUGUUCUCAUUUUCAGAAGACGAAGCAGUAGGUUUUCUAGUUUCUCGAAGCUGCCUCCCUGAUCCCACAGGACAAGAGGAAAUUUUGAAAGAACUUGUUCGUGAGCUCGGUGGUCUUCCCCUUGCCUUAGAACAAGCAGGUGCUCACAUCAAAGCCCUUCAAUGUCCCAUAAGUGAGUACCUUGAAGAGUACAAAAUCCAGCGAUUAAAGUUGCUGAGCCAGCAUCCAGCAAAACCAUCGUCGGAGUACGAAUCUAAAAGUCGGCUGGCAGUACAUACCACGUGGCUUAUUAACUUCGAAUACGUCAAAAAGUCAGCAUAUGGGGAAGCAGCAUCAAGGUUUGUAAACGUUUGCGCCUUUCUGGGACCUCAUGAAAUUCAAGACGAGUUGAUCGACGGCAAAGUGCUUUCCUCUGACGAUAAGGUGCCAGAAAGCUCCUGUGGUCCUUUGAUAAGACAUCACAUCCUAGAAAUCAUCACAAAGUUUUCGCUAUUCCAAAGAAUAUCCUCCACAUCACUUGGCCUGCAUCGUCUGGUUCAGGAAGUUAUUCGAACCAGAAUGACCAUUGAGGAAACGGCUUCUUCAAUACUGAGAGCGGUUCGACUUCUUUACAAAUGCUUUCGCCGUUUCCCGUCACCAGACCAGAUUAUUUCAAAUUUAACUGGAAAUGUAACAGAACAAGCAUCUGCUUCUGUGACUGAUCCUUCCUUGUUCUAUGAAUGGUCAAAGUUAACCAUUCAUGCUUCCGAGCUGCAAGAGCAUUUGAGAUGCCUCCUCGAUCAAGACGACAUCGCGAAGGAAGUAAAAACAGCCGUUUUGAACAUUGAGACGUCCCGGGUCAUUUAUGAAAACGCCCUGAAGCUUAGCGUGCACGGUCAUCAAGAGAAAGCCAAAGAAACCGAAAGAUUUGCAUUUCAAAUUUUGGAUUUUGAUGUAGGUGUGAGCAAGGUAUUUUCUAAAGAAGAACUGGGAAAGCUAUUCCCCCAUACUCUUCCGCUUUCUCAACUGUUUCAAAAAAUCAUCUUUUACUCGUCACGACCUCCUGUAGAGAAUCAAAGAACGCCUACGUUGGAAAUCCAAACAAGUGCUGACACAGAUCAAACCCGUAUGCAAGGAAACACGUUCUUCAAAAGUGGGCUCUAUGAAGAGGCCAUCAAUUCUUACACUGAAGGAAUCGAAGCAAUGCAAGGAGAAACCAACCGUGACCCAUGCUUAUUUAACAACAGAGCAACUGCCUAUCUUAAAUUGGGAAAGUUUGAAGAAUGUAUUAAAGAUUCAGAGGAGUAUAUCAGAGCUAUGCCCAACUGCUGGAAGGGAUACUCUAGGAAAGCUUUGGCACUAAAUGGUCUUGGGCAAAGACUUUCUGCCUUGUGCUUCGCCGCGAUCGCGUAUCACCAUGAUGGUGAAUGCUGUCGUCGUUACGAGGCUUUCAAAUCUGCUUUCGGAGAUCUGGAUGGAAAGUGGAAGAUUUGUGAAUCGUCGGAGACCCUUCGCAAGGAUUUAAUGUACAGCAACAACAGCAAGUCACAACCAAAAGUGGUUCUUCUUCCAAACGGAGAAUAUUGGCUAGAUGACUCUACAAAACGCCAUAACGCUGACACUGCCUUUCUAGCGUCCAUCGGUAACACAGUGGUAGCUGCUCUGGGCAACGAAGCUAAGGUCACCAUUUACUCUGGGAAGAUUAGCCUGGAAGAAGACUGCUUUUUUCGAAAUAUUACUUUCUCAACAGAAUAUACAUUGGUUGCAAGCAAUGGUAAUGUCAAGUUCGAGAACUGUUUCUUUUCGAGGAAUGGCUCAGCCGAACCUUUAGUCCUUGUCAGUGGAACGGCAAGUUUUCUUCGAUGCACAAUCAAGGGUAACGGAGGCUGUGGAAUAGUAGUACAAGGUCCAAAUGCUUCAGCCACGAUGGUAGAAAGUCAUGUGACUGGAAAUGGCGCGAUGGGAUGCUAUGCAUCAGGAGUUAGAGUGUUCAACAAGGGGCGUGUUGCAAUUCACAAAUGCCACAUCAAUGGAAAUACAAGAGGAAUCUGGGUCGAUGAGGAACAAGCGGGUGUCUUAGCAAAGGAAGCCAUAAUAACCGACUCCGAGAUUUACGACAAUAAAUACGAGGGAAUCCUCGUGGCAGGACUUCCUCCUCAAUCUAUUGUUUCCCUCCCAGUGGAAAUUCGUGGAAACAAGAUAUUUCAUAAUGGCACCUUUGGUGUCCGUGUAUUCUUAAACCAUAAUGACGUCACUUUGGAGAAUAACGUGAUUUUUGAGAACUUUUAUUGGGGAGUUUGCAUCCACAGCAAUUCGGGCGGUCUGUACAAGGGAAACGAGAUCUGUAACAACAAAAUGGGUGGCAUAAUGGCUGGAUUGCAAAGUCCAGGGAAAAUCCCAUGUGUGAUAGAAAACAACCAUAUACACGACAACUGUGGUCCUGGUUUUCAUGAGGGACUUAACACCUAUGAAUUAUAUUCUUUUCCGUUGAGACUGCAAACCUUUCUUAUGAUGAAAAAUGCAAAAAACAUGUUUACGGGGCAGCAUCCACUUGACUUGAAAACCGUUGCUCCUGACUUGGUUGCCCCAGAGUUUAAGCCAAGCAAUCGGUGUUCCGGAAACAAUCACGGCUCAACAAAUUUAACGUCACACAAAUUGAGAAGAUAUUGUGCUUUUUGCCUUCGAAAAGAUGAUGGAUUAAAGUUUUGCAAGAGGUGUAUGAGUGCAAAGUACUGCGGAAAGGAAUGUCAACUGAAACACUGGGGAAGGCACAAAUACAUCUGCAAGGCCACGACUGAAAGACACUCCGUAGAAAUUUCCUUGCAAGUUUCUCACCCUUACAACAAGUUCUCAAUGUCUCUUAAUCGAACCUAUCCAGGUAUGGAACCUUCUGGCCCAGACUACGCACCGUCUCCACCAAAAGACGGUAGUCGUUUCAUUGUUAAGCUACAAACAUACGAAUCUCCAGCUAACCAGGGAAUAAGUAGCAUCGAAACAAGAGGUUUUAUAAGUGAUGAGCAGGAUCCUCACAAAGCUUCAAUUCGUAUGUAUGAUCGUAGCCGCCGCCUUGAUUUCACUUUUAAUGGUAAACCUCAGCUUUAUCACUUGAUUAUGGAGUGCGGAAUGAUGGGAUUUAAGAUAAACUUCACCAAGAAACUCUUCUGUUGGGCCGCAUUCAAAGAUUGCAUGACAGUUCGAAUAUUUACUCACGAAUUCCCUCCAGUACAACGGUGGUGA